CGGAUCUCUGUGCCUAGUCGCACGUUAAGCGUUCAGCGCAUCGGUUGUCAAAUGCCGCCACGGCACUCGAAUUAUGUCAGAGCCACGGAAUAAUAACAAUAGCGUUGAACAGAGUAACAAGGAUGUCAGGCUGCUGCUGCUGCCAGCAACGGAUAAAGCGGAUACCAAUCCACCGAUGACGAACCUCCCGCCACUGCAGAAGAUUUUCAUUGAUGACCUGACAAAGGCGGGGGACGACGAUAUAGCCCGGCUGAAAAGACAGCGCGUUUGGCGUGUGCCCUGGUUUAUAUUGCUGAUGUGCUUUAUGCAGAUAUCGCUGCAUCUGAUUGCCAAUGAGUGCAUGCAAAGAAGACUGAUCUACAAGCCGGAAUGGAGCCACGAGUACUGGCGCCUCAUCACCUACAUGCUGCUGCAUGCCGAUGCCUGGCACUUGACGCUCAACAUUUGUCUGCAGUGCCUCAUUGGCGUGUGCCUCGAACUGGAGCAGGGUCACGGCCGUCUGGCUGUGGUCUAUUUGGCGGGCGGCCUGGCCGGUGCCCUGGCCAAUGCCUGGCUGCAGCCGCAUCUGCUGCUUUUGGGUGCAUCCGCCGGCGUCUAUGCCAUGCUCCUCAGUCAUGUGCCGCACCUGGUGCUGAACUUUUCGCAUUUGUCGCAUCGCUUUGCCCGCAUUGCCGCGCUGCUGAUCUUGUGCCUCAGCGAUGUGGGCUUCACCACGUUUCACUUUCGCCAGCAUCACAAUCGCAAUCCGCGCAUCAGCUUGGAGGCACAUUUGGGCGGAGGAGUGGCCGGCUUGUUGUGCGGCUUUAUCAUGUAUAGACGUGUUCAGAAAAUGUCCAAUCAAAAAUCAAUUUAUUUGUAGGCUCAAUUAGUUGUAGUCUCUCUGUCUG